AUGUUGGAAAAUGAUCAGUAUCACAGGGAUUAUGUCGCAUUUGUGGAUAAUUUCUUGGCUUGCAACUACGCCUACAACAUACAACCUAGUGAAAUCUUCACCUCACCUGAAAGAAUCUGGUAUCUUCCCAACCAUGGCAUAUACCACCCUAGGAAGCCACAAAAGAUCCGGAUAGUCUUUGACUGUAGUGCUACCUUUAAUGGCUCAUCUCUGAAUGACAGACUACUGCAGGGUCCUAGUCUCACAAACUCUCUGAUAGGCGUCCUUACAAGAUUCCGUGCAGAACCAGUGGCAUUUAUGGCCGAUAUAGAGGCAAUGUUCCACCAGGUAAAGGUGCCCUUAGAACAACAUGACCAGCUCCGUUUCCUGUGGUGGCCUGACGACGAUCUGCAAUUCGAACUCGAGGAAUACAGAAUGGCAGUCCACAUAUUCGGUGCUGUAUCUUCUCCCAGUAUAGCUAACUUUGCUCUCAAAGCUACAGCUGACAAAGCAGAAGAGAAGUAUGGAACUGAGGCUGCUGACACAAUUAGAAAAAAUUUCUACGUGGAUGAUUGGCUCAAGUCGGCAGCAAAUGUAAGGAAAGUUAUCCAACUCAUCAAGGAUGUACAAUCAGCAUGUGCAGAAGGUGGAUUUCGCUUAACUAAGUUUGUAUCCAACAGCCGAGAUGUUCUUAAAUCAAACCCUUCAGAAGAUCGUGCCAAACAGAUUCAAACUUAUGCCAGUUCUAUUGGUUAUGGCUGCGUUGCAUACCUGCGUCUACUGGAUGAAGGUAAAAACAUCAAUGUGUCCUUCCUGAUGGGCAAGUCAAGGUUGGCGCCAGUAAGAACAGUCACUAUCCCUAGGCUUGAACUCACAGCAGUAUCAGUAUCACUUCAGCUCGGGCAACAACUACUGAACCAGCUCGACAUGGAGAUUGAUGAAGUAUCAUACUAUACUGAUUCUACCACAGUCCUUCACUACAUCAAUAAUGAAGCAAAACGUUUCCCAGUGUUUGUGGCCAAUCGGGUUCGUUUAAUCAGAGAUUACUCGCAACCGUCACAGUGGAAGUUCAUAGACUUUCGCACCAAGCUAGCUGACAUUGCGUCAAGAGGCAUGAGUAUAGGGCAAUUCCUUCAUGCUGACACUUGGCUUCAUGGACCCAAAUUCCUCCACGCUCAUGAAUCAGAAUGGCCAGACUGCUCCAUUCCAAGUACACCAGCAGAAACAGUCCAAACCACAGACCUACAACCAGAGAUGAAUCAUUGUAUGGAGAAGUUGAUCUCUCAUUAUUCCAACUGGUAUCGUUUAAAACGCGCUCUGGCUGUCUACAUCUUUCUCAGGGAUGUACUUCACUCACGGAUCAAGCAGAAACACAAGCUUAAGAAGUACCAUAACUCAACUGACCAACCUUUCACGGUGGGACGUCUAGAGGAAGCAGAACUCGUCAUUAUUAAGUAUGUACAACAUGUAGCAUUUCCUUCCGAAUGUGAAAGUCUGUCUGACGUCUCAGGCAAACGAAGCCGAGUGCUGAAAAGUAGUUCCAUCUACAAGCUAGAUCCCUUCAUGGAAGGUAGUGUACUGAGAUUGGGCGGCCGCCUUAGCAGACCAGAUAUUCAGGCUGACAUGAUGCACCAAAUCUUGCUUGCCCAUAAAAACCAUGUGACAAAGCUCAUCAUUCAGGACAUACAUGUCAGACUAGGACAUGGAGGUAGGAAUCAUGUCUUGUCCAUUCUCCGAGAAAAAUACUGGGUGAUUAAAGCCAACUCUACGGUCCGCAAUAUCCUUUCACACUGUGUCACCUGUCGACGAAUGAGGACUCCAGUCUGCAAUCAGAAAAUGGCAGACCUACCAGCCAGCAGAGUAAAUCCGUCACCUCCGUUCACCCACACAGCCCUACGACGCUUCACUGUCAGAAGGGGACCAGUCAAACAGAAACUCUGUGACAAUGGUACAAAUUUUGUUCGAGCAGAGAAGGAACUGCGUGAAGCUGUGAUGGAGAUGGAUCAGGAUAGAGUGAAAGAGUAUCUCUUGAAGCAGCAUAUUGAGUGGACGUUUACCCCCCCUGCCGCCAGUCAUAUGGGAGGGAGCUGGGAAAGAAUGAUUGGCUCAGUUCGCAAGGUACUUGCUCCUUUGUUGAAAGCGUUUUGCGAGAGGCUAGAUGAUGAGUCCUACCGGACGCUCCUCUGUGAGGUUGAAUAA